CCCACUGCUGUUUUCCAUGCAGCCUCAUCGGACGUUGAGAGCGAUGGUGAAAGUGAAGGUCGCGCCCGACGUUUCAAGGCGCGUAGUAGAUCGAGAUGGCUCAAUCGCCAGGCUUCUGACAGGGACGACGAGCCUCGCCCUCGCAGUAUUGACAGGGAUCGAAUCAUAAUCAACCCCAUUGUAUAUGAAGAUGCUGAAAAGGAGGACUAUCGCAUCUAUCGGCCCAUGAGCCCUGUCUUGGAAGACGUCGAUACAUUUGACGAUUUCAAGUUUACAUUCCCGACAGAGGAGCCGUCCAAGGACACAGAGCUGUCAGAUCUGGAGACACCGACAACCGAGAGUGAAUCUAUGCAGAAGCCUGAUCGCCCGCUUUCCAACAUUUUGACUGCCCCUGGGAUAUAUUCGUCUACAUACUCAGGGACGGCAGAACUAGGAGCUCAACAUGAUGUGAAUUUGACGAUCUUGUACGAUCCCAAGGGUCAAAAGCAGCCUUUAUUUCGGUGGUUACAUGUUCGUCAGGAUGUGAUGAAUUUUGACGCUUUCUGGGUCGAGGUGUCGCGCCAUGUCCAUUUCCCGGAUACUGAAAGGGCUGCCGUUGCUAAUCUGCGAGCCGAAGUGAAGCGGCAAUGUGUCAAGACUCGAUACGAUCCCCAAGGUGCAAAGGUGGGUUAUAUGGAGCCCAAGUGUAUCCAGGUUCCAAUUCAGUCUACUGGCAAAAAGCCAUCUGAAAGCUCGCAUGCAGUUAAAUGGAUCUGCGUCCCGUAUUUCUCUCUACAUCAAUACUCUGAAUCCCCGUCGACUUCAAACCCUGCAAUUUUUCCUGAUCAAACUCUGCUCCAAUCGCAAUACUCGCGGAGCGGAAAGGAGCGAGACAUGCAACAGGCAGUCUGUCAACUUGGGCAAGUUCAACGAGGGGAUUGCUUUCACAUCUCUCAGCUGUGGUGUUUAAUUGUUGGAAACAGCGUCCUCAUUACGUGUAGUACAAGGGAGCGCUCCGAUUUACAAGGAGCAUCCCUGAGGGUCAAUACUGAGCCUAGCCAAGCAGGCGCAUCGGGCAAGAUCCUCGUAUCAUAUGGAGGGGCAGUGAUGUGGUCGUUAACGACAAAGGAAUGCCCUACGUGGUUUACCUUCAUUGCGCACUUUCGUGCUUUUUGGCCCCGUUGUCUGGAAUUUUGGCACAAGGAUCGCCUAAUAUCAGCAAAAAAUUGGGAGAAAGUGUUAAGACUGGCUGAGGGGCGACAGGGCGAUGUAAAGCUGAGGCUGAAGAUGGCAGACUCCCCCGAGUCACCACGAGUAUUCCUAAAACCAAAUACUUCGGCCAAGACAACACCUACAAAGUGCCCUGAGCAGGCAGAGGAUCUGCCAGAGUAUCUACAUGUUUUCACGCUCUUGCCAAAAAGUGCAGAAUCGUCUGGCGACACCAUUCUUGCAGAGCUCCACGAACAGCUGUCAGCAGCUGAGAAAUUUCUAACAGAGCAAACGUCCUACUCGGCACAGCGAGGGUAUAAACGAUGCGGACUCAUGGCCAGAGACGGGGUGAACGAGUAUCUCACGAACCUAGCACCGCGCAUCGAUGAGAAGUCAAACGAUACUCUCCGCCUCUUAUACGAGGAAAGAAUCGACGUCUUCAAUAUGGCAGACAUGUUAUUCCAACUCUUCUUCCCCCUCACGUUCCAUGGCCCUACAACGGGCAAAUAUUGGGGGGCUCUUAACAAGCUGAUAAAGGCAAGACCAGAUUCUCUCGACAUCAUGAAUAUGCCUGAACUAGAUGGAGGCAAAGAUGCAAUUUCAACUCCCCUUGCAGAGGUCAAAAACGCUUUGUGGCAGUUGACGCGAGACAUUCAAUCGUUUCAAAGUAUCAUGUCGUUUGCAGGGAAAGAGGAUCGGGCAACUAUCGAAUUACCCCGUGAGCUUGUGACUGCAUGGCUUCAUAUCGUUUUCGGCUUGAUAUACAGCAGUCAUACGGUGGACUGGUUCAAUCAUAUGACAAGAGCCAGAUCUCUGAUGAAAGACGGGAUGCAAAAAAUGAUUCAAGGCAUCUCUAGCCAAAAUCUGCUGGAAAAGGCCGUGAUGCUGCCAACAGAAAUAAUGUCACUCAUCACGCUGAAUCUCUUUCAGGAUGAUGUAGGGAAAUACGACAAUAUCUGCGACACAUAUUCACUCUAUCUAAAUUCUCUGGACACCGACAUCACUACAAAACAUUCCGACCGGACGUACCAGCAUCGUCUCGAUUUGGUGAAACAGGAAAUGACUGCUAUCAAACGGAAUCUGGCAAGGCAACGAAGUAUUAUCGCCAUGCUCAGAAACAAAACCAGCUUUACGGAUGGUAAUUUUAUGGUGCGAUACGGAGAAGAGAUGCCGACACAUAUGAGGAGACUAAGAGACUGGGAAACUGGGAACCGAUCAGAGCAUGCUAGGCCGAGAGGUUAUACUCCUGGACAUCGAUACUAUGGGGUCGCCGAAGAUCGAACUAUUGAACCAGGCAUAUACGACCAAGCUCAAUUCUUGACUGACCUCGAUGCGGCCUCUAAGCUCUCUGCUACUGACGCAGGCGGGUUUCGAAGCCUCUUUCUUGCGGACUGCGCAAAUCUUGUUGAGCAACGAGAGUAUGAAUUUCGACGAAAUACCGAAUAUGCCGAGGAUCUAGAGCGAGAAACCACUUAUAAGAUGGAAUGGACCAAGGAUAGACAGGAAAAUGCCAUCUACGCAUUCACCCUUGUCACCAUCAUAUUCCUUCCACUGAGCGCGAUAUCGAGCAUUUUUGGCAUGAACACAAACGAUAUUCGAAACAUGGACUUUGACCAGUGGCUAUAUUGGGCGAUUGCCUUGCCUGUGACGAUUUUGAUGAUUUUCAUCGCACUCUGGUGGAUGGAUGAGCUGGGCAACGCGACUGACUGGCUUUUCGGUGGACGCAAACGGUCCUCGGGGUAUGGGAAAUCAUCACUUUCGGGG